GCGCCGGCACGCAUGCGCCCGGGCGGGCCGCCCAGCUCUGAGGGAGGAGCCGCGGGGGCCGUGUGGGCAUGCAGGUGGCGCGCGGAGCCAUGAGCAACUUCCGCCUGGCUCUUAUUCAGCUCCAUGUAUCAACUGUUAAAUCAGAUAACCUUCAACGAGCCUGUGGGCUGGUGAGAGAAGCGUCAGCUAAAGGAGCAAAAGUUGUGGCUCUGCCUGAAUGUUUUAAUUCUCCAUAUGGAACCCAAUACUUUAAGGACUAUGCAGAGAAGAUCCCUGGGGAAUCAACACGAAAGCUCUCAGAAGUUGCAAAGGAGUGCAGCAUAUAUCUCAUUGGAGGCUCCAUUCCAGAAGAGGAUGACGGAAAGCUGUAUAAUACAUGUACUGUCUUUGGGCCUGAUGGUGCUAUGUUGGCAAAGCAUAGGAAGGAAAAACAAAAGAGAAAUGCAAGGUUACUUGGAACAAAUGAGGUGGUGCAAAAUACCUCUGGGGUGCAGGUUCAUUUAUUUGACAUUAAUAUUCCUGGGAAGAUACAGUUCAAAGAGUCUGAAACUCUGAGUCCAGGGAAUAGUUUCUCCAUGUUUGACACUCCAUACUGUAAAGUGGGCCUGGGCAUCUGCUAUGAUAUCAGAUUUGCUGAGAUGGCUCAGAUCUAUGGACAGCAAGGUUGUCAGCUGCUGAUAUAUCCAGGGGCUUUUAACCUGACAACAGGACCAGCUCAUUGGGAACUGCUACAAAGGGGACGAGCUGUUGAUAAUCAAGUCUUCGUAGCUACAGUAUCUCCUGCUAGAGAUGAAAAAGCAUCCUACAUUGCCUGGGGACACAGCACUGUAGUAAAUCCAUGGGGUGAAGUCAUAGCCAAAGCUGGGGCUGAGGAAACAGUUAUAUACACAGAUAUAGAUAUGGAGAAACUUGCAGAAAUACGUCAGCAAAUUCCUAUUUUAAGCCAGAAGCGUUGUGAUCUCUAUGCUAUAGAGAUGAAAAAGUGAAGCUGGGUGACAGGGAAGGUUCAGCUGGCACAACGGCUGCUGCUUUCAUCUUUGGAAGGAUUCCCUUGCUCAUUGCUCCACAAUCUACUGCUAAAUGUGCCAGCUAAUUUUAAAAAAACAAAACUUGGUGAUGUAAUUCUAAAAUUUAUUCAAAUACAACUUUUCUAUAUCCUCUCAUACUUUAUUUUAUAGUAUUUUACAGCUAGAAUAAAGAUGGAGGUGAAAUCAGUUCAACACAGUAGUAGUAAACAUUGCUUUCUGUGCACCACAAUGUUUUAGUUACCUUUUGGGGGCUUCUUUGUAGAACACAGAAGUGGGAACCUUGUUCUCCCUGGAAAUCAUCUGAAGUCAGCUUUCAGUGAAUUAUCAGAUAAUCUAAAAGCAUGAUUCUUCCCCCUCUGUCCUUCUUAGUUGUAUAUGCCUUAACAGAAUUCCUUGAAUGCCCAACUUCUAACUUGGAAGGCUUAAAUUUUAAUGCACUAAGCAAAACAGGCCAAAUUCUGCUAUGACUUGGUGACAAUGCAAGAAGCUGCCAGACAGAACUACUGCUAUAGAAGAAUCUGUAACAGAUUUUGGUUCAUGUAUCUUGCCUGAAAUAUAUGGAUUAAAUUCUCUUCAUUGCAA